UGUCUAGGCGGAGAAUAAACGCUGUGAGUUAGGAGAGGGAAUACUGUGCAGCUAGACGGUGACGGAAAGACGAACAGGGACGGAAGUAAAAACAACCCCCCGUCCGUCCACAUACUGUACAUCCCUAUAUUUUCUAUUGGCAACGCCGGACAAACGGAAAAGGGUGUCGGAGGCGAUGUCGGAAGUCAACUCCUUACCGACUACUCAUAGCAACUGCAACAACAAUAAUAACAACAACAAUAACAACAAAGACAGCGAUGGAAACGAAAGCACAACCACAGCUACCCCGUCCCCCACCGAAACCAGCGCGUCGGAAACUCCGAGUCAAAUCAUAGGCAACGGUUCUGGGAUCAAUCCUGGCACAGGGGGGAACAAUGGGAAAUGGGUCCGACUGAACGUCGGUGGCACCGUUUUUCUCACAACGCGCCAGACCUUGCUGAAAGAGCAGACUUCCUUUCUCUACCGGCUAUGCCAGCAGCAAGAUCUGCACUCAGACACGGAUGAAACCGGAGCGUACGUGAUUGACAGAGACCCCACCUAUUUUGGCCCCAUAUUGAACUACCUGCGGCACGGAAAGCUGGUGUACAACAAGGAGCUGGCAGAGGAAGGUGUUUUAGAAGAAGCAGAAUUCUAUAACAUCACCCCACUCAUCAGACUGAUCAAGGAGAGGAUCUUAGAACGUGACUGUAAAGCAACACAGCAGGUACCUCCGAAGCAUGUGUACCGGGUGCUGCAGUGCCAGGAGGAGGAGCUGACUCAGAUGGUGUCGACCAUGUCAGACGGCUGGAAAUUUGAGCAGAUGGUGAACAUCGGCUCGUCCUACAGCUACGGCACGGAAGACCAGGCUGAGUUCCUGUGUGUGGUGUCCAAGGAGCUCCACACAUCCGGCGGAGGCAUGAGUGCAGAACAGAGCCACAAGACCAAGGCUUCAGAAGUGCAGGAGGAGGAGGAGGAUGGAGAAGCGAGAGAUGAGGCGGAGGGAGAGACAAAUGACACCCCGAGCGAGUGGAAUAGCGUUUAACAGUCGUGUUGUGUUGUCGCAGACAUUUAAAUGGCUCUUUCAGAUCCACGGAUCGCGGAUGUAGACUGCAGAGAAUUGUAUUUUUUUAGCUAACGGUGCAUAUUUAUGUGUUCGAUGACGGGACGUUGCUAUGGUUUUUGUAUUACUACCGCAGCUUUAUUUAAAAAAUACAACAAAAAAAAAACCCCCAUUUCAUUUCUGCUUCAAACACCAGUUUGAAAGGAGUAUGGAGGACCCAAAUCUCACACCCAAAGUACAGAAUCUGUUCUUUGUUUUUCCCUGUGGCAGAGGUGUACAGUUUGCCGUCAAGACUCAAGAAAUAUGGAAAAUGAAAUGCCUUUUUCGUUUUCAUCAAAUUGAAUAAUUCAGUGUGUAUACUUAAGUUCUCAGUGUUUUCAAAGAAUUCUGAUGAAUAAAUUACAUCUUUAGUUAUUUGUAAUUAAAUCAACAGAAAUAACCAAAAAUUUAAUUUAUUUCUCCAAUGAUAAAACAUACAAGUAGCAAAAUAAGUACACCUAUGACAAAAAUAUUUCAAGCAAUUUACUUCCAGUGCUGCUUACCUGUACAUUACCAUUUGAAAUUAGCAUUGCCUCCAUCAUGCUCCAGGCACUCUUAUGGAGCUCCUGUCUUCCUCCUGGCUUUGAUGUCUUGUAAUGAGCUGGUCUGCUUCAGAUGAAGUCACUGUCAAUAAUGGGCGCUAACUUUAACAGUCCUUGCAGGAAUAUCAGAGAAUAGUAUGAGUUGAUUGAAAUGAAAGUUAUUGAUAUGUAAACCUGUUAAACAAAUGCCUCAAAUGUUGUGUAUGCAUAUGUAUGAAGAGGUCUGAGAACAUUCAAAAUGGUGUUUGAAAAAAUAAACUGCAAUAUCAUUGCCACGUUUAUAAAUGACCUUUCCUAUGCAAGGUCCUAUAAAGCAUUUUUGUAUUCCCAUAUGGAUCUUAAGGUGGGACAACAGUACAGUAUACGGAGAAAAUAUCUCAGUGUAAUAUGUUACACGGUGAAAUAAUUUGGAAUAAAAAAGACAACAAGCAUUCCCAUUGAAGAACACGGGGUGUUCGUCCCUUCCUGUCUUGAGCUGGUUACAGUCUGGGUAAUCUGGUGUGCUGUCAUCUGUACCAAGAACACAUGAACAAAGCGCACAUAGUACUCUCACAAAAUGUCAGGCCCGCAGUGUAAUUGUUCCACUGUUUUUACUAGCAAUAUAGAGCAUUUGGUGCCUUGAGUUAAGCAAAAAUAAAUAAAUAAAAUGCCAUAGACUUGUGACGUGAAUGAAAAGUAGUUGCUUAUAUUUGUAAAAGUAUUUAUUUGAAAAAAGAAAGAUGUUGUUUCGAUCCAGGUCAUAGGAAAGGUUAUGUAUAUAUCUAUAUGUGUGUGCGUAUUUCUAUAUGUGUAUGCUAAUGUACUGCAGCUAAGUCCGCUCCUGCAUGUGUGUGGACUGUACCAAUGUCACUGUCUACAUGGGUAGGCACACGGACAUCCAGUUAUGUCACAGGGGCCAUCGAUGCUCUGUGGAGCUAAAGAGUUCUCCACGCGUGUCCCUCUUCAUUGAAGAGCCCUGCCCUGUUACCUCUUUUGCUCAAUCCCACUUUUGGCUUCUGUCCAGACCCCCCCUGUGCGCUUGUUGCUUGUUAUGGAAUUGGAGGAAUGUGUUUCAGCACAGGUCAAUUAGAGGAAUAAUGUAUUUGUAGUUUUUGGAUGGGGUGGUGCCUGGCUUUACUUUCAGUACCUUCCGUCAUUGUCAUAAAUAGUGGAGAUUAGUUGGCUGUUAAGACAAUCGGCAGAAAAGACAGAGGCCAUGUAUCUGGUACAGGUGUGUCUGCGGCCUACUUUUUUUUUUCUUUUGGUUUUUUACUGAUAUGAGUGUACAGUAUGUAAUUUUUAGACGGGGAGUGCAUGUGAUAAACUGUACAACUACCUUGCAAGGGGCCAAAAGAUUAUGUUUGAUGCUCAAAGACUGUAACAGCCUAACUUAAUUUACUGUGAAGUAAACUUUGCCUCACAUUUGCUACUGACAGUCAACCAAACCAUAGCCAACUGCAAUGGUCAUUGGCAUUUCCCAAAACCUGUUUCUAUGUCUGUUCUUUUUUAAAUUAUAUUUUGUAUUCUUUAUUUUCCUGUAAUACUCAGUUGCAUCUUUUUUGAACGUAAUUGGAAUUUGUCGCAAGAACGCCCCAAAUAAGUCAUUUUUAUUACUUCCAAUUGUAAAAUUUAUUGUGUUGUUUUUUUUAAGACAAUGCUAUGGGUAAUUGUUAAUUCAUAGCUUAGUUGUUGUGUUCUAGAAUUGGAUGUUGUCGGCUGGUUCUGGGGGCAGUCGAUGGCGUUUUGAUAGUAGAACAUCUAAUGGUCAGCCUUGCACAGAUUGUAUCCUGACCUCCCCAUUCUGUACAGUGGCUGCCCAUACAGAAAUAGAAUAUACUGAAAAUAUAUUGAAAUGAAAUGUAUCAGCAAGGUUUUACAACACUUCACAAUAUAUCCUCCUAAGGCCUGGCAAUGAAUUUUGUCCCCUGUUGGGGACCUUAGUUUCUGGUCCUGAGGUGCAGAACAAUUUAUGUUCUUUUGGCUCUGUAGUCCAACACAUUGGAUUUGAAAUGAAAUGGGUGAGGUUAAAGUGCAGACUGUCCCAGUUAAUUUGAGGGUAUUUACAUCUAUAUUGUGAGUGUAGGAAUCACAUCACUUUAUAAACAUAGUCCUCCCCAUUUUAUGGGACCAAAGGUAAUCAGGAGGAUAUGGAUAUUAAAUUGCCACAUUCAUAUAUUGAAUAUAUUACACUGCUGUGAAAUAUAUUAAAGUGAUAUUUUUACAAUAUAUUGUAGUAUAUUUAAUUUCUGUUUGGAUACUGGGUCUGAAAACCUCAUUGAAAUUGUAUGGGCUGUUCUGUCUCGGUACGAGUAAUCUUGUUGCCGAUCGCUUGUGCUUGACUUGACUUAUAGACCAAAUCUGAAUGUGACCGUCCACACAGUUUUUGCAAAAAUACAAUCAUGGUUGUGAUAAAGAUGAGAAAAUGUUUAUUUUAGGGAUGGCACAAAAAACAUUUUGAAUACUGUAUGUUUGUGCUUUACCAAAAGAACAAUUGUGUGUAACAACCUUUUGCUAGUCAUUCUCCAUGAUGAACAUCGGUGUCUUUUUUGUGUGUCUCUGAACCUCAACAUUCAUUAUUCUUGCGAAAAAUGCAAGAAACAUUUGAAAAUUAUUUUUAGUAUAUAUGUUGCCGGCUUGAAAAUAAAACUGUUGUUUGUCCUUAAGUAUGAGCAAUCUUUUCAUGAAUUUCUAAGAUAAAUAGAACAGCCCAAUGCAGGCAUCCUCCACAUUUUUGAAGUUGUGUUUUGUAUCAUCAUUGGAUUCAGUUGCACAUGAAUAAAACUUUUUUUUUUUUCAAAAA